AUUUUCAAACCUCAACUGUAACUUCAGCAAGCAAGCAAGCUGUAACCAAAGCCAAUAAGCAAAAGCAAAAGCAAAAUCGAAAGCAAAAGCAAAGCUAAGCAAAGCCAACAAACAUCUUUACCCUAUAAAAAUUCGUCUUUGCAAUUAUCUCUCUCAAAUCCAUAAUUUCUUGAAUACAAAUAUACUUGCUUUCUGGUUUCCUUUUCGAGCGUUUCUUGAAUCAAGAACUAUGUCUUUUUUAUCUAAAAUAUUUCACUCAUCAUCUUAUGCACCUUCUGCCCCAUCUUUACCUGAGUCCUAUGAUCAGCGAGGCCAAACGUACAGUACUACUUCUUAUCCAAGUAACUACAGCCAUCAGCAACAGCAGCAGUCUUAUUAUGGGCAGGGCACUAGUGGUGGUGGUGGUGGUGGUGGUGGUGGUGGUGGUUAUUCAUAUGGGCACUCAGGGUUUCCUCCAGGAACUUCUCCGGAUGUUAUUAGGAGCUUUGAGAUGGUUGAUAGAGACAGGAGUGGAUUUAUUGAUGAAAAUGAGUUGCAACAAGCUCUUUCUUCUGGUUAUCAAAGGUUUCAUAUUAAGACUGUUAGGUUGCUCAUGUUUCUCUUCAAGAAUCCUCAUGAUUCUCUACGACUUGGGCCCAAAGAGUUUGCUGCUUUAUGGAGUUGUCUAGGUCAAUGGAGGGGCAUAUAUGAGAGAUAUGACAGAGACAGGAGUGGUAAAAUUGAUUUGCUUGAACUGAGGGAUGCUCUUUAUGGCAUUGGGCUUGCUACACCAUCUUCAGUUCUUCAAGUUCUAAUUUCCAAGUACGAUGAUGGAAGUGGCAGAAAGAUUGAGCUCAAUUUCGACAGUUUCGUCGAGUGCGGGGUGAUUUUGAAGGGAUUGACUGAAAAAUUCAAGGAGAAGGAUAAGGGUUAUACCGGCACAGCAUCGUUUGAUUACGACGAAUUCAUGUCCAUGGUCAUUCCAUUUCUUGUAUCACAUGACUGAUCAUCAAGAUUUUCAUUGGAUACCAUUAGAUUGUGAUAGUUCUUGUAUUCAUUCAUCCAUUCAUUUGUUUUUUUGUGGCAUUUCACUUGCAAAAAUUCUUGUACAUUGAGAAGUGCCAAGUGUGUAACGAUUUUUAUGUAAAUUGAGCUAGGUUUGAGAAAUGAAAGCAAAAAUCUGAUUUUUUUUCUCUGCCCA